AUGCCCCUUCUCUCUUCGCCCCCGACGCCGCCGUGCCCGGCCCCGUCCCCUUUUGCCCCCGCCGGCCCCGGCCCCCAUUGCCCCUUCCGGCCACCACCUCGCCCGCCGGCGCCGGCCCCUUCUCUCUUCGCCCUCGACGCCGCCGUGCCUGGCCUGGUCCCCGUUUGCCCCUGCCACCUCGAGCAGCGGCGGCCUGCGGCAGCUCUGCCCGCAACCAAGGGUGCUGGGUCCUGGCCCUCAUCGAAGGGAGGGGUCGCAACCGGAUCCAGCGCCCGGAUGAGCGUGUGUUUGUGGGUAAUGUAUUGUGAAAUUCAUUCGUCGAUUCUUGGAGCAAGUGUUGAUGGUACUGUAGUGUUUAUCGUCGUCCGUUCAUUCCUCUCGUCGUUUUAUGUGGAGUACCUCAACGAUGCCCCUGGCCUUGCCGGCAACGACACGUCCAUCCUCCCCGCAGACCCCUACAGCCGCGCAGCCGCUCGCGUUUGGGCCGCCUAUGUGAAUGACAAGUUGUUCCCUUCGUGCACCGGCAUCCUCAAGACAGCGAAGCAGGAGGAGAGAGCCAGUAAGGUGGAGGAGACCCUGUCCGGGCUCCGACACUUGGAAGCUGCCUUGGCAGAGUGCUCUAAAGGGGAGGUGGAGGCGCCGUUCUUCAGUGGUUGCUCCAUCGGGUUCCUUGACAUCGCGCUCGGGUGCUAUCUUCCUUGGUUUGAGGCAGUAGGCCGCCUGGCCGGCUUGGAGCCGCUUAUCGACCCGGCGAGGGCGCCGAAACUAGCAGCAUGGGCGGAGCGGUUCAGGGUCGCCGAGCCGGUCAAGGCGCUGCUGCCUAGGGUGGACGAGCUGGAGGAGUACAUCGCUACGGUGCUUUAUCCAAAGUGGAACGUCGCGGUCACCGGUAACUAAUUAAAGAUCGUGUCGUUCCAUUACCGGCAGAGGAUCGUGUCAAUCCAAUAAUUCCUCCGCCUUGUGAGUUGUUGUUUUCACGCCAAGAGUUGAACUGUUGCUACUAGGUCCUUAGUGUCUCCUCGUCGUGGAUGGUGCGCAUGCGUGCACUCUCUUCGAUCUGAGUUGUUGACAUGUUGUUUCGUGAAUAAACUGAAGUUUCGUCCAUCUUGCAUCUUGUUUGUGUUAGCUCUUUUAUGACCUCGCAUAUUAAUUACCAGUAUAUGUUUCUCUUUUUGCGAAGAAAUUACCAGUAUAUGAAUCUUCCUCCAUCUUGCAUCUCAAUUACCAGUAUAUGUUCAACAACAAGAUUAUUCCCGAGCUCUUUUUUUCGAUAAAGGGUGCUUUUAUUAACUCAUAAUGUAGCAUCAAGUGAAUACAAAGCAUAAUGAGCGACAUCCGGCCUCUGUAUAGCUAAGAUGCACACAGCCUUAACGAAGAGUCUAGCAAAGUAUGUAUAAAAAAACGACAAGUUGGCAACAGUAA